CCGCUGGAUCAGCGGAGUUUAGUCCGUUGGACGACUGCGCAGCGAUCAGAUGUUUAAAUCUCCAGCAGCAGCAGCAGAACUGUUUUGGAUGAUCGGGCACGCGUUGACUACCUUGCAGCUAGGCAAAAGAAAGAAGCAGUUGUUUAGUGCGUAACUUAGUGCAAGAGUUUAACUGUGCACGAUGGGAUGCAAAUCGUGGCUAUCUUUAAUGCUGGCCUUGGUUACGAACCAGCACCUUCCGGUGGCUAAUGGGUGGAGUUUAGUGGAUUACAAUAUGAGUGAAUACCAUCAAAUGCCACCAUUGUUCCACUAUGAAAGUAUCGACAAAUGUCUUCGAUCAGAUCCUGAGGGAGCAUUUUGUAUCGUGAAAAGUGUCGUGAAACCCGAUGAAAAUUCGCCACUCUGGAGAUCAAUUCAAAAGUACUCCAAGUACGCGUACCAGUACCAGCACGAUGUGCUGACACGUGGUGUUUGUGUGGAGGCGUGCCGAAAAUUGGUGGAAAAUUUGCGCGAUCAGCAACGGUUUUGGCAGCCCGAAUUUGAUGUGGAGUUUAAGUACAUAAUUAACGACUGGUUAUUGCCAAACAUCGAGCAGUUUAGAAGCCAGUAUAGCGAGCUACUGAACAUCUGCCAAAACUAUCGCAUGCAAUCCGAGUACAACCUGACUGUGUUCUCCGAGAUUGAACAUUGCACAACGAACGCAACAUCAAGCAGAGAUUUAGACUUUUGGGACGUCCUGUACUACACGCUCAUCGUGUUGCUGUUCAUCCUGGCAGUGGCCUCCUCCGUGUACGACGCCAAACUGGCCACCGACCACAACCACUACCGGACACCGCUGGGAAGCAAGACCGAUUCCGUGCUAACAUGCUUUUCACUGCGUAGAAAUCUCAACCGGCUGACGAUCAAGCUGCAAACGAACGCACUCCAGCAGGAUCUUCGCUUCCUGGACGCCAUCCGAGUGCUAACCAUGACAACCAUCACGAUAAGCCACGUGGGAAUCGGCGUCGGAAUGACCACCAGCCAGAACCCGGAGGUGUUUGAGCGAAUGUCGGCGAUGCCUGGGGUGCAGAUGUUCCUCUCGUUGGUCCCCUUUCAGGUGGACAUCUUUUUCGCCAUCAGUGGCCUGCUGCUGGCGGUGCAUUUUGUUAAGUACACCGAGGGAAAACGGUUCUCGGUGGGGCACUUUUGGAUGGCGGUGGUCAAUCGGUUUCUGCGCUCGCUGCCGUUGUACGCGCUGGUGAUGCUCUUUUCAGUGUCCGUUUAUGACCAGCUGCAGGUUAGUCCUUCGGCGUACAAGAUUAUGCCGAUGGUGAGGACCAUUUGCAGGGACAAGUGGUGGAUUAAUGCACUGUUUUUGAACAACUACUAUAGGCCGGAGGAGCAGUGUCUAAUUCACACGUGGUAUUUGGCAGCCGACUUUCAGCUGUUUAUCUUUGGGAUGGCAAUCGUGAUGAUACUUUGGAGGUAUCCAAAUCUAAUGAAACCGAUUUUCUACAUACUGUUGGUCCUCGGAAUGGCACUUCCAAUGCUUAACAUUUACUUUUAUUCUAUGGACGCUGUAAUGCUGAUUACCAACAAGGGAAACGCCUUCCAGCUUUGGUACGACCGUUGGUUCACGCUAAGCUACCAAGCCACGGAAACCCACUGUCUAAGCUACUUCGGAGGAAUGCUCGUCGGUUUCAUGUACCACGAAAUGCAAAAGAACGACCUCCUGUUGGCCAAGUCGAAGCUCUACAAAACGUUGCAGUACUUUGUUUUCCCAGCGCUGGUUGCCUUCUGCCUGCCAGCGCCCCUGUUCCACCAGUACAAUUUCGCCAAACCUUCGCUGUGGAUGUCCUUCUACGCGGGAGUUCAUCGGCUGGUGGUCACCUCCUUUUUGGUCGUCGGUUUCCUGCUGCUCAUGUUCGCCGAACGGGACAGCUUUUUCGGUCGGUUGCGAUCGUCCAAGCUGUUAGAGAAUGCCUUCUACCGAGUGCUGGGACGGCUCAGCUUUGGAUUCUACCUGAUCCACAUGAGCGUGAUGAAGAUCGUCUACGGUAACCAGCACGAAGCGCAGAGGAUAUCGUUCCCAUUGGUGAUCGUGGUUUUCACCUCGGUAACGUUAAUAACGUACGUGCUAGCACUGGUAGCGUACAUUUUCGUGGAGAAACCGUUCGAUAUCAUAUUCAAGCAUUUACUUGGUGGUGGAAGCAGCGGGAAGCGACCCCAGGCGAGAGAAGGCGCAACUAACCACGUCGUCACAUUGGAUAACAACCUCAACCGGGUCGACAGCAAGUUGUGAAUGAAAUGAACGACGUAGCACAGGUAGGGACGUAGUACGAUGAAUGAAUGAAAACCGGCAGCUCUGCAUAUUCGUGGUUCUCAGAGUGUGAUUAAUGACGGUGUCUUAAAAAAAAUCAACAGAGAGUGCUAUCACCGAGCAUCGAGAGAUGAGCGAAACAAUUUUACAAAUAUUUAUUGUAUAAUGUAUAGUUCUCCAAUAUAU